AUGGAGUCCUUCAUGAUACCUAUGCAGAAUCUCUUUGCUAAAUCCAUCUCCUUCGACGCUGCUCCUGUUGAGUUCUCCGCGCGCUGGGAGGUGCUUGGUCCAUUCCAGAUAGGCACACGAGAGGGCCCGUGGGGCGCCGACCCGCUCGAGUACUUCGGCGGCUUUCGGACGUUAGAGUUUAACGAAUCUGCAACUUUCAAGAGCUCGCUACCCACCGACGCUUCUGCCAGGUGGUCCACCGUCAAUGCCACCAGUGUGGAAAGUAACGAAGCCGGGGCCAAUGCUUCCCUGGCUUUAGCUUUCUCCAAUGUGGACUGGCAAUUUCUGCAAGCUGUAUAUGGUUGGUCAGCUUUGCAGUACCAAUCAUGGGCCCGUGGAGAGAUUAUUGUGAAUGGCGAUGCAACCCAAACCGUGGUCUUGUAUACCGAUUGGAUCCUUGAAUUCUGGCUUGACGGCAAGCUUUACUUUGGCGGAGAUUUCUAUUCUUACCGUAAAGCACCUCCUGUGCUGCGCCUGGAGCCGGGAACCCAUCGGAUUGAUCUGAGGACGUGGCGGGACGUCCGAUCUUUUGGAGGCAUCACCGAAGGCGACCCCCAGAUCACGACCGAUCUUGCUCUCAGAAUUUGCAAAGACCCGUUGGAAGUGACACAAGAGCGAAUAAAGAUACCGGAUAUCAUAGAUGGAAGAUUUUCUAGCGAGUAUGGCUCAGUUUCUGUCCGCAAUACGGGUGUUAACACCGUCCGUAUCCUAGGGGUUAAACCCCAAAACAGUAGUGACUGGGAGACCGGCUCAGGUAACUUUUCUCAUCUGGAAGUUGUACCUGGCCAAACAAAGCCAAUCUCCUUUAGGCUUUCCCUGAAGGAUCCGAACAUAUCCGAGCUACGAUUGGAGGUCCUCUACACAUAUGACGGUGCCGGAUCGACCCUAAGCGCUCCAGGCGUGCAGCCCGUCGUCAAAAAAUCUACCUUCGAAUCCCAUAAGGUUACCUUUAUGCACCCAGGUUACUAUGAGAUUCCUGGAUCCGAGCAUUUCUUUGACGGUAUCAUGACCACGGAACCAUUGCGCGACUUCUAUCGGAAGCACAUCCCCAAUGGCAUAGCCGUCACACGAUCUUUGAAACGGUUCACCAUCGUUGUUGGCACACCUGGCGAUAUGGGCUCCAAAGGUGGCAUUACCGUCACACAGCUCGAGACUCCCGGCCGCUAUGGUAGAAUGGAAGUCUCUAUUGACCCUCGUGAUGAAGAGACAUGCAUAUAUACCAUUCAGACGAAAAAUAUCCUCAGUUUCAGCGUUAGUCCGCAUGAGUGCCAGUCAGCGACCGUCAUCGUUCACGGGCGGACCAUGGCAUCAGCAACAACAACAUUCACUACGACCGGUACCUCAACCGUGACAUGGCAAAACGUUGAUUUGCAGAAUGUCCGACGCGGAAAACAACUCGGGGCGAUGGAUGCAAUUUUGCGCUCGAACGGGACAUUCAACAUCGCCAGCCACGGUCCUGGCACUGGAGAGCUGGCGCUGCAAAUUUCCCGCAACCUGUAUACGUACUUCUCGGCAGAUUCCAUCAUCAAUGGUACAGCGGGUCCCGGUAACUCGAUCACAGUUGCCGUGGGCACUGAACUCCCGGACAGCCAAAAUGGCAAUUUCCCCAUUCAGGUUACAGCUUCGGGCGCGCUCCUUGUGCGGGCGCCAUCGGGCGAAGAGUAUCUUUUUGGCGAGGACGAAGAUGUGGCGGCGAUCUACCUGCGGCCAGGAACAACGGGGCCGGAAAGCCUGGAGCUUGUUGUGUGGGGAGGAACCGCUCAAACUGCGGCGAUAGCGGCGCGGCUGGUGCCGACCUUGACGGGUGUCAGCCAGCCUGAUUUCGUGGUUCUGGAUAAGAGUAGCAGAUGGAAGGGCGCAGAAGGUGCUGUGGCCAUGGGCUUCUUCGAUGAGCAGUGGAACAUCGCGAGCACGUCUUUCUUCGCUUGA